GCUCGGUGGCCGCCAGGUGGCGCCUGCGGCCUCCAUUCGGUCGCGAGCCGCCGAGCAGCGAACACCCCAAACAAUCCCCAGCGCCGCCGCCAAAUUAAACAACCUGCCCGCGCCCCGCGCUGCCCCCCGCACAGCCCCCGCCGCCGCCGAGCUUCCGCGACGGGCCGGGCCGGGCGCGCAACCGGCAGCCGGGCCGCGGGUAUAGGAGCGGAGCUACGCGCCUGGGCCUCCUCGCUGCCUACGCCGACACUGGGCAAGAAGUUGUCCGCUGCAAAGGAGGAAAGAAAAGUAAGCUUGUGCUUCAGACGGGUUUUUGAAUAUCUUUCUAAUACAGUGGUGUUGCAGAAGAUGAUAAAGAAAUGAUAGCAGCUCCAGAAAUACCAACUGAUUUUACUCUCCUUCAGGAGUCUGAAACACACUUCUCUUCUGAUACAGACUUUGAGGAUAUUGAAGGAAAAAACCAAAAGCAAGGCAAAGGAAAAACCUGUAAGAAAGGGAAAAAAGGACCAGCAGAGAAGGGGAAAAGUGGGAACGGAGGAGGGAAACCUGGUGGUCCAAAUCGGAUGAAUGGACAUCACCAACAGAAUGGUGUGGAAAACAUGAUGCUGUUUGAAGUAGUUAAAAUGGGCAAGAGUGCUAUGCAGUCUGUAGUGGAUGACUGGAUAGAGUCAUACAAACAUGACAGAGAUAUAGCACUUCUUGAUCUCAUUAACUUCUUUAUUCAGUGUUCAGGCUGCAAAGGAGUUGUUACAGCAGAGAUGUUUCGACAUAUGCAGAAUUCUGAAAUAAUCCGAAAAAUGACUGAAGAAUUUGAUGAGGACAGUGGAGAUUACCCGCUAACUAUGGCUGGUCCCCAGUGGAAGAAGUUCAAAUCCAGUUUUUGUGAGUUUAUUGGAGUACUCGUCCGACAAUGUCAAUAUAGCAUCAUAUAUGAUGAAUAUAUGAUGGAUACUGUCAUUUCACUGCUUACGGGGCUGUCAGACUCACAAGUCAGAGCAUUUCGGCACACUAGCACACUGGCAGCCAUGAAGCUGAUGACUGCUUUAGUGAAUGUGGCAUUAAAUCUUAGUAUUAACAUGGACAAUACACAACGGCAGUAUGAAGCAGAACGAAAUAAAAUAAUUGGGAAACGAGCCAAUGAUAGGCUGGAACUCCUACUACAGAAGAGAAAGGAGCUUCAGGAAAAUCAAGAUGAAAUAGAAAACAUGAUGAAUGCAAUAUUUAAAGGUGUUUUUGUGCAUAGAUACCGAGAUGCAAUUGCUGAAAUAAGAGCUAUCUGCAUUGAAGAGAUUGGAAUAUGGAUGAAGAUGUACAGUGAUGCCUUUCUAAAUGACAGCUACUUAAAAUACGUAGGGUGGACUAUGCAUGAUAAGCAAGGGGAAGUAAGACUCAAAUGCCUAACUGCUUUGCAAGGGCUUUACUAUAAUAAAGAGCUUAAUUCCAAAUUGGAACUCUUCACCAGUCGGUUCAAGGAUAGAAUUGUGUCUAUGACUCUUGACAAAGAAUAUGAUGUUGCAGUCCAAGCAAUAAAAUUACUCACUCUUGUUUUACAGAGUAGUGAAGAAGUUCUGACUGCAGAAGACUGUGAGAAUGUCUACCAUCUGGUUUAUUCUGCUCAUCGGCCAGUAGCAGUUGCUGCAGGGGAAUUUCUCUAUAAAAAGCUUUUCAGCCGCAGAGAUCCUGAAGACGAUGGAAUACUUAAAAGGAGGGGAAGGCAAAGUCCGAAUGCGAAUCUUGUGAAGACAUUAGUAUUUUUCUUUUUGGAAAGUGAAUUGCAUGAACAUGCUGCCUAUCUUGUGGACAGCAUGUGGGACUGUGCAACAGACCUCUUGAAGGACUGGGAAUGUAUGAACAGUCUUCUGUUGGAGGAGCCUCUCAAUGGAGAAGAACCUUUAACAGAUAGACAGGAAAGCGCACUGAUUGAAAUAAUGCUUUGUACAAUUCGGCAAGCAGCUGAAUGUCAUCCUCCUGUGGGAAGAGGAACAGGGAAAAGGGUGCUGACAGCAAAGGAAAAGAAAACCCAGCUGGAUGACAGGACAAAAAUUACUGAACUUUUUGCAGUGGCACUUCCUCAGCUGCUAGCAAAGUAUUCUGUAGAUGCAGAAAAAGUCACCAACUUACUGCAGUUACCACAGUACUUUGAUUUGGAAAUCUAUACAACAGGGCGAUUAGAAAAGCAUUUGGAUGCCUUACUGCGACAAAUCCGGGAUAUCGUAGAGAAGCACACAGAUAUAGAUGUCUUGGAAGCCUGUUCAAAAACAUACCACGCCCUCUGUAAUGAAGAAUUCACCAUUUUCAACAGGGUUGACAUUGCAAGAAGUCAGUUAAUAGAUGAGUUGGCAGACAAGUUUAAUCGACUUCUUGAAGACUUCCUGCAAGAGGGGGAGGAACCUGAUGAAGAUGAUGCAUAUCAAGUCUUGUCAACACUGAAGAGAAUCACUGCUUUUCACAAUGCUCAUGAUCUAUCAAGAUGGGACUUGUUUGGCUGCAACUAUAAGUUAUUGAAAACUGGCAUUGAAAAUGGAGACAUGCCAGAACAGAUUGUUAUUCAUGCACUGCAGUGCACUCAUUAUGUAAUCCUUUGGCAGCUAGCAAAAGUCACUGAAAGCAGUUCCACAAAGGAGGAUCUUCUGCGUCUGAAGAAGCAGAUGAGAGUGUUCUGUCAAAUCUGUCAACACUACCUGACUAAUGUAAACACUGCUGUUAAGGAACAGGCUUUCACAAUUCUGUGUGACGUGUUGAUGAUCUUCAGUCAUCAGAUCAUGACAGGAGGACGUGACAUGUUGGAGCCACUUGUUUACACUCCUGAUUCUUCAUUGCAAUCUGAACUACUCAGUUUUAUUUUAGAUCAUGUCUUCAUUGAUCAGGAUGAUGAUAAUAAUAGUGCAGAUGGACAGCAGGAUGAUGAAGCUAGCAAAAUUGAAGCAUUGCACAAAAGAAGAAAUCUACUUGCAGCUUUUUGUAAACUCAUUGUAUAUACUGUGGUGGAAAUGAAUACAGCUGCAGACAUUUUCAAGCAAUAUAUGAAGUAUUACAAUGACUAUGGUGAUAUUAUUAAAGAAACAAUGAGUAAAACAAGACAGAUAGAUAAAAUCCAGUGUGCUAAAACACUUAUUCUUAGCUUGCAGCAGCUUUUCAAUGAAAUGAUUCAAGAAAAUGGUUAUAAUUUUGACAGAUCAUCACCAACGUUCAGUGGCAUAAAGGAACUUGCUCGACGUUUUGCUUUAACGUUUGGGUUGGAUCAGUUGAAAACAAGAGAAGCUAUUGCUAUGUUACACAAGGAUGGCAUAGAAUUUGCUUUUAAGGAGCCUAAUCCACAAGGUGAGAGCCACCCACCAUUAAAUUUGGCAUUUCUUGAUAUUCUGAGUGAGUUCUCCUCCAAACUUCUCAGACAAGACAAAAGAACAGUGUACGUUUACUUGGAGAAGUUUAUGACCUUUCAGAUGUCUCUACGAAGAGAAGAUGUGUGGCUUCCUCUCAUGUCCUACAGAAAUUCUUUAUUAGCUGGUGGGGAUGAUGAUACUAUGUCAGUGAUUAGUGGAAUUAGUAGUCGAGGUUCUACAGUAAGAAAUAAGAAGACAAAGCCAGCAACAGGGAAACGGAAAGUACCUGAAGCUGAAGAAAGCAGCAGUAGCGACAGUAUGUGGCUGAACAGGGAGCAGACGAUGCACACACCAGUGAUGAUGCAGACACCUCAGCUUACUUCCACUAUAAUGAGGGAGCCCAAGAGAUUGCGACCUGAAGAAAGUUAUAUGGGUGUCUAUCCUAUGCAGCCCGAACACCACCAAGCUCCACUUGAUUACAACACGCAAGUAACGUGGAUGUUGGCUCAAAGGCAACAGGAAGAAGCCGCGCGACAACAGCAGGAGCGGGCAGCGAUGAACUACGUCAAGCUGAGAACUAACUUGCAACACGCUAUUCGACGUGGCACAAGUCUAAUGGAAGAUGAUGAAGAGCCAAUUGUGGAAGAUGUGAUGAUGUCAUCAGAAGGGCGGAUUGAAGAUCUCAAUGAAGGCAUGGAUUUUGACACCAUGGACAUAGACCUACCACCAUCAAAGAACAGGAGAGAAAGAACGGAACUAAAACCAGAUUUCUUUGACCCCGCUUCAAUCAUGGAUGAAUCGCCAUUUUUGACCUUGUGUAGCUGGUACAAAAUUACACUGGAAAUAACAAGCUACAGCAAGCCAGCAGAGGACAGUGCAACAAGGCUUCCUGGGAAUCUUGGACAGCUUGGUGGAAUUUGGAAGACAGUUAUGUAUUUUUUUACAGCAUUGUUGCAGUGUGAACCUGUUCUUGUUAUGGGAGAAAGAAGUCUUAAAUGCCGUUUUAAAUGCAAAUCCAUACAUUUUGUACCAGUAGGCCUUUGCGCUAGUAGUAAUGAAUCAGAUUAGGUUGUGCAUCUGGCUGUUGUGUGUUCUGUUUCUUAAGUAACACCAAGGAAGUUCAUCACCUGUUUUCUGACAUUCUGUUUUAAAAUAGUUCUUCCCUUCCCCUUCUUGCUUUUUAAUUGAUCUGUGAAAUACCAGUCAUUUUCUAAUCUGACUAUACCAAAAAUUUGGUCUUCCACAUGUGCAUUUCAUUGAUUUGAGAAACCUUUCAGCUUUUGGGUUUCUAAAGCUAAUUCAGAAUAGUUCUAAUCAGUUUGCUGUUGGCUAGGUUUCUUUCCUGUUAAUUUCUCAUUCACCACCACCCUUCCUGAGCCUGGAUUUGCCAGGCAGUCCUCAGCUGCAGUGUGUGAGCAUCACCACAUGAUGGCAGCCGGCUACAGUCGCAUUGCUUUGCAGGCUCUUGAGCCAGAGCUGAGGGCCCAGCGGUGGCCUGGUCCCAUGUGCCCUCUGCAAGGAGGGAGCAGUGCUGCACUGCAGUGAGAUGCUAUGGUCCAGGGGUCAUCAUCUAGUAAACCUCCCUCCCAGGUAGGAUGCAGGCAGGGGGGGUGAUCCUGGAAGCAGGACUGCAGAAAACAGCUGCAUCACAGGACACAGCUGCUCUUUAGCGUAAACACCACCAAAAUGAGUUUAACUACCUAAAUGGGGAAAGCUCUGCUAAUAGUUUGGGAGACACCAUGAAUCCAUAUUAAAUCAGAACUAAAUUUAUCAGUGUUUAAAAUAAAAACAACCCAAUUUCAUAAAUGCAAACAGUCUUCUCAGAAUAAAGUUAAUUUGCUUUAUUCAGAUAAUUAAUUUCAGAGGUCCAUAAUUCUUGGAUUUGUUGCACUUGUUUUUAAUAGGCCUAGACAUAAUAAAGUUGUUUAAUUUAUUCAGAUGCACGUGGUUUAUGGUCAGAAUUUCAGUCCCUGUUUUCAUUUUUUUUGACGUGCUGUUAUUGCUGGCACCAGAGGCAGUUGUGUCUUAGUCUGCUGUAUUAUAUGGUGCAUCUAAAGUGAAUUUAAUACAAAGAACAGUAAAAAUCGGCUUAUAAACAGAUAAAUGUGAACAGCAGGGUUAAGGUUUGGAGAAAUAAAGUCUCUCAUGGCUCUUCCUGAUGUUAUAAAGUCCUAUAAAAGCUAGGACAGUCACAAUAUCUAUAUCUUGUGGGGCUUCCAUUGGCAUAGAAAACUGUAUGGCUUGCUUCUGUGUGGGAAGCGGGAACUGAUUCUUUGUUUCAGGAAAGGUUUUUCUUCACUUAAUCACAGUCUCCUGAAGGACACUGUUUUUAUUUUACCUGAUUAUUGUUUUUUUUCUAGUGUGUUCCUGACAGAGUUAAUAUAUUUAAUAGGAAAUAUUAAGCUUAUGUCCUGGCUGAUUGUUGCAGGCUGACAUGUUGUUUUUAUGAACACAGAUGCAGCAGUAGCCAGCACAUAAGACUGUUUUGUCCCAGACAUAGUUGUUCGAAACUACGUGCUUUAAGUUAAGACCUAUAGAAUGCCGUUGUGAAAAAAGUCCCAAGAUAGGCAAACAAACUAAAAAUUACUUUGCAGUUACUACCCAAAAUGAUUAAAGCACAGUCUUUAUCACAUUCCUACUCGAUCAAGCUAAUUUCAAGUGGGGAAAAAUAUUUUCUAAAGAACAAGGUGCCCUUUUCAUAUUACUACAUAAAUCAGAAGUGUGGUGAAUCUGGUUUGGAAGAAAAAUAAACUUACAAUGCCUUAACGUA